UGGAGUUUAUAAGCGAUAAUCUGAGUUCAACGGCAGAACUGACCGCACCACCCAUCAAAGCUACCCUGUGAAACAAACCCAACGCACCAGGCCGUGUCGAAGGUACGCAGAGUGAAAAGGUCUGACAGGACAUCUGUUCACUGUUUACACAACAAACUGAAAUAAUCCUUUGUCCCUGUCGGACAGUGAAGACUUUAUCAGACAGACUGUCACGCCUUCAGCCAAGAAGACAGAGUCUGUGUUUCUCCACGUUUUGUUUUUAAUAUCCAUCGGUUCACAACGAGGGAUUUGACCUGUGGUGCGUUUGUUUUGUGUAACCCUCAGCAGCUGGCAGACACACGGACAGGUACUGGUCUCUACGUAUGAACACAGGAGCUCCUCAGGGUCUCCUGGUGGCCACGUUAAAGCUUCAGCAGCUGCCUGCUACGUCCCCCAUCGCGUCUCCAUCGUAAAACUGUUUCUGACGUUUGUGAACGUAGCAAACCUCCUGACACUGACGCCGUGUCUCUGAUGAAGGCCUCGGCUUCUUGAUUCACUCUUUCUACUCUUGUUGUUUGUGUAUAUAAGGAGUGAGUGUUUGUUCUGUGAAGCCGCCGGGCUGUCAAUCAGUCAGCUGAUGAUGGCGGAGUCCAGCUCAGAGCCGGCGGAGGCGGCAGACCUGUUGAUCGAACCUGCUCUCACCACAGAAACCAUCUCUAAAGAACUGAUUGUAACCAUGCUGAUGGAGGGGCUGGACCCAGUGCCGGGGCCAAACACAGGAAUCAACGUCCCAAUUAGCAACAGGGACACCGGCAGUCCACUACCUGACAGAGUCCUGAAGGAGGACGAGGAGGCCACACCCACGCCACCAGAGUCCCUGUCACUGUCGUCUGAAAACGGGACGAUAACUGGCAUCACCACAGAAGAAGAAUCUGUGGCAGCUCUGCUUAGUCACAUCAAGACUGAAGGGGGACAGGACAGAGAAGGAGACCCAGGGUUGGACAUAGACCUGGAGGACAGCUCGUCUAUAGUGACGGCUGGUGGUUCGGAGGACCAGCGGGAGUCCACAGACUCUGCGUCCUUCUCCAUCCCCAGUCUGGAGCUGUCAGAUGGGGUCACAGCCAUAGGAAACUCCCUGGAUGUGGAGGACGGCCUGUCCUCGUCCUACUCUGCUCUGGGCGCGGAGGCCUGCUCUCCAUCCGCUGAUGUCCACAGUCUGAAGGACAGUGAGACGCUGGAAGGUGCGGGGGGCGCUGCUGCUGCUGCUGCUGCUCCUCCUCCCUCCUCCUCUGCUGCUGCUGCUGCUCUGGAGCCCGGGCCGUCCAUGCCGGUGUAUUACCUGGUGAAGUGGAUCACCUGGAAGGAGAAGAAGACUCCCAUCAUCACCCAGAGUGAAAACGGACCCUGCCCCCUGCUGGCCAUCAUGAACACACUCUUUCUGCGCUGGAAGGCUAAGCUUCCUGCUCAGACUGAAGUGGUCACGACUGAGGACCUGAUGGCUCACCUGGGAGAGUGUGUGUUGUCUGUCACACCCAGAGAGAAAGCUGAUGGGAUGGAGCUCAACUUCCAACAGAACAUGAGUGAUGCCAUGGCCGUCCUCCCGAAGCUGUCCACCGGUCUGGACGUUAACGUACGUUUCACUGGAGUGACAGACUUUGAAUACACACCUGAGUGCAUCGUGUUCGACCUGCUGGACAUCCCGCUGUACCACGGCUGGCUGGUCGACCCGCAGAGUCCAGAGAUGGUGGCUGCUGUGGGGAAACUGAGUUACAACCAGCUGGUGGAGAAAAUCAUCGACUACAAACACUCUGCUGACAGCAGUCGAGUCAGUGAAGGUCUGGUAGCGGAGCAGUUCCUGGAGUCGACGGCGACUCAGCUGUCGUAUCACGGUCUGUGUGAACUGAACACGACGGCCACAGAGGGAGAGAUCUCCGUGUUCUUCAGGAACAACCACUUCAGUACCAUGAUCAAACACAAGGGUCACCUGUACCUGCUGGUGACAGACCAGGGCUUCCUGCAGGAGGAGGGUUUGGUCUGGGAGUCUCUUCAUAACGUCGAGGGUGACGGGAACUUCUGCGACUCUGACUUCAGACUGUGUCAUCAGAGAGCUCCGCCCGCCUCCACCCUGCCCCCCUCCGCCCAGGACCAGCAGAGACAGAUCGACCAGGACUACCUGGUGGCGGUGUCCCUGCAGCAGCAGCAGGGCGGGGCCCCGGGGCCCCUCAGUGACCUGGAGUUGGCCCGACAGCUCCAACAGGAGGAAUACCAGCAGCAGCAGCAGCAGCAGCAGCAGCAGCAGGGAUCGGUGCAGGCAGCACAGCAGGUCAGAGGUCAGGGGUCACAGCAAGCCAGGAGGAGAGACAAGGACUCAGACUGUGUCCUCCUAUAGACUCUUCAUCAUCUUCAUCAUCUGUAACACCAACCACCAGACAGCCACACACACACACACACACAGCCACACACACACACACACACACAGCCACACACACACACACACACACACACAGCCACAC